AUGGCAGAAGAUCGAAGAGACGACAGUUUUUUGAAAAUAAGUUCAAGCGAUCUCAAGUUUGAAAGACUAUUAGGAAGCGGUGGUUUUGGAGAUGUUUACAGCGGAAGGUGGAUCAGUCGAUGUGAACAAGUUGCCAUAAAAAAGCUUCGUAUUGACGCUAGUUAUAUCACAUUGAAGGAAAGAAAUUUGUUUUUUGAAGAAAUGACCAUGAUGCAUCGUAUCCGAUUUCCAUAUGUCCUCAAUGUGUUUGGUGUCUGCUUGGAUCCAGGCUGUUUGGCAAUUGUCGUCGAAUAUAUGUCACUUGGGUCUUUAUAUGAUGUGAUCCGCAAUAAGGACUUGACCUGGCCCGAUCGAUGGUCAAUUGCUAGUCAGAUGACGAAAGGAGUGAAUUAUCUACAUCAGUUCAGGCCGCAUCCCAUCAUUCAUCGUGAUAUCAAAUCGUUUAACUUUCUUAUGGCUUUGGGUGUAAAGGAGAGCAACCAUCGAUUCCAUGUCAAAGUGGGUGAUUUUGGUCUAUCUAGAUUUCGUCCAACGUCCGACUUACAACUGACAGCUGAUGGGCAAUUGGGAACGCUUCUAUGGAAAGCUCCCGAGUUAUUUGAUGACCAAUCGUCUCACACGACGAUCAGCGAUGUGUAUUCGUUAGGUGUGUGUUUCUGGGAAUUAGUGAGUGGCCAACUCCCAUACGAAGAACUCACAUUAGAACGUUUCUUUCUGGAAGUGGUUUUGAAGGGAAAAGCACUAGAAAUACCAUCGAAUGUACCAGAUCAUUUCGCGACUUUGAUCAUCAGUGCAACCAAGUACACUCCAGAUGAAAGACCAACCUGUCUUGAACUGUUGAGGUACAUCGAAAACGAUCUGAGACGUCAAGGUUUGUCCGAUUCGAGUACUAGUGAGUCUGAAUCUCGUGUGUCAAAAUCGCUUGGCUUGUCAACUAGGGCAACGACAUCCAGUGACCGUCGAACACCCAAGUCUACACUAUCACCGACGAAAACAUAUUCAAAUCGGAAACUUGAGGACACUAUCAAACACACUGAAACAUUUUCAGCAAUUAAAUUAGAAGAUCAAGCAUUUACAAAUGACGAUAUGGUCAUUAUUGGCACUGCAUUAACGAAAAAUCAAGCUUGUCAAGACCUGGCUCUUCGAAACAGUGAUAUUACCGCCAUUGGUGUGACGUUUCUGAGCUUAGGCCUAGCCACCAACCGUACAUUGACAUCGUUGGACUUGAGUGAAAAUCCUCUUGAGUCGGUGGGUGUUUCGAAUCUUGCUCGUACUCUUCAUUUUAAUUCAACACUGACAACGCUUCGGUUAAAUUCGACUAAUAUGGGCGAUGAUGGUCUAAAAGAACUCAGUAACAUGUUUCUGAUCAAUCGCACACUGGAAUUUCUGACGAUAUGCGACAAUCACCUGACUUACGUCGGGGUGCGGGUUCUAUGCGAUGCACUGGAACACAACACGUCUCUCCGAUGUAUCGAUAUGAGCAAAAACAAAGUGGGCGAUGGAGGAGCGGCUUCUAUCGGGCGAUUGUUACGCCGUAAUAGUACACUCUCGAGAAUCUCCAUGAACGAAACGGAAAUUGGUGACGAUGGCUUGAGAUCAAUAUCCGAUGCUCUUGAAAAGAAUAAUACUCUGCGACAGAUAAGCCUCGCCAACAAUUUAAUCACAGAUGGUAGUAUCCAGAUGAUUAUUGUCAUAAUCGAGACAAAUCGAAGUUUACGAUCACUUGAAUUACGGUCCAAUAAUUUAUCUUCAAAGGGCAAAUCCAAAAUUCGCAAAACAGCUGCACAAUCUAGAUGCGAUGUAGUGCUCUCUGAACGAGAAUAA